AUGUCGUCGUUGCUGCUGGCGAUGGUGAUCGUCGAGCUACUGGAUGAUGUCAAACACGAACACGAUCAACACUAUUGCAUCUUGCUUUUGGCGGAGCAUGCCGCUGCUGAUGACGAUACAAUGUACAUGUGCGGACAAGGGCAAGGAAGGCACAGACGCUGGAUUGGACGACUCGACUCGGAUAGUUUCAAUUCUACCACAGAAGAAGAGGACGAGGAGGAAGAACGCCCGGCAAUCUUGAAGGUACACGAGUGGCUUGUGGGGUCAAUUUGCCAGAAAUCUCGUUCACUAAACGUUAUCGAGGACCGUGCUGCACAUGCGAUAUGGUGUUUUGGUUUCGUCACUGGACAGAGUAUCAAUGAUGUCUCAUACGAUCACCACGGGGCAUGCGAGCAUCGCCGGAUAUUAGAGUAUUGA